UGCUUUUUUUAAAAGAAAAAUAUAAAUGUUAUAUUUGUUAAGUUUUAAAAUAAUUAAUAUUAAAAUAUUUAAUAUACUUAAAUAGAAAAAGCAAAAUAACAUUAUUUAUUGAUAAAAAAGGAAUUAUUUUAAAACAAGCAAGGAGGCUGAACAAAGAAAAAAAAUUAGAAAUUGAAUUGGACAAACAUUUAUAAAAAUUAAUAGAAUUCGAAAUGACAGAGUCACAGAGAGAAUCGAUUAGUUUUAGUAAUAUGCCACCAGGAGUCUUAGAAAAUGAUAGUCGAAAUAAUUCAGCUGAUGAUAUACAGAUAGCAUUAGCACCACAUAUACAAUCAUAUUUAAGUCAAACUGGUAGACGACAUUCAUGUUGUAGUGUUAUGUUACCAGUUGCAUUUGAACGUGCUGCUGAAAAAUCAUGGUUACAUCCAAGAUUUGAUUCAGCAGUAUUAGAAGGACAAUAUCAAACUAGUGUUUAUCCACAAAUACGGAAACGUUAUAAAUUCGCCCUUGCCUACAUUCUGUUAUGCUCAGCAGUAUGGUUCCUAUAUUUUACAUUUUAUACUAGUAAAUUAAUUGGUGAUCAUUGGAUAUCAGUAACGAGUUCCUAUGCAAUAUUAUUUGUAUUUUCAAUAUUUGGUUUUUAUUUUACAAAAACAAAUUUUUAUAGAGCACAUACAGAUAUAACAUCAGCUGUGACAGCAAUAACAUUAUGUUUAACAUCACUAUUAUUUUUAGCUACAACCAAAGAAGCAUUCAGUCCAUUAGGACAUUUUGCUAUUUGUUUAGAAAUUAUAUUAUUAAUUUAUACAGCUCUACCAAUGCGAUUAUGGGUUAGUGGAUUAAUUGGUAUUACAUAUUCAGUGUUAUUUGAAUUAUUAACAUAUUUAAUUGGAGCGAUACCAAUACAUGGCGGCCGAAUGAAUCAAUUUUGUUAUAAAAUUUUAAUUUUAAGAAUUUUAUUACAAAUCAGUGUACAUUUGAUUGGUUUACAUGUACUAGUUAUGAAUAUUGUACGAUGGCGUGGUACAUUUAUGAAAGUUGGACAAAAUUUAUUAGUAAGACGACAAUUAGAAAUGGAAAAACAAUUAAAAGAGAAAAUGAUACAUUCUGUGAUGCCACCAAAAGUUGCAAAUAUGCUAUUAAAAGAAGGUGGAGCAAAUGGUUUAGAUGAUUCAACUGAAAAUAAUACAGAAACAAGUUAUGAAAAUUUUAUGCGUCCACGGCCAUCAAAUGAUGUAAAAUCAUUAUUUCGUCCAUUUCAUAUGAGUAGUAUGGAUAAUGUUAGUAUUCUGUUUGCUGAUAUUGUCGGUUUCACAAAAAUGUCAUCAACAAAAACAGCUGAACAGCUUGUUGAAAUCUUAAAUGAUUUGUUUGAACGUUUUGAUGAUUUAUGCAAUUUGAAUGGAUGCGAAAAAAUAUCAACUCUAGGUGAUUGUUAUUAUUGUGUUUCUGGAUGUCCUGAACCGAGACCAGAUCAUGCAAUAUGUUGUGUUGAAAUGGGUAUUGGUAUGAUUGAAGCUAUGAGAUGUUUUGAUGCACAACGAGGAGAAGGUGUUAAAAUGAGGGUUGGCGUUCAUACUGGAACUGUAUUAUGUGGUAUUGUAGGAACUAGGCGUGUGAAAUUCGAUGUAUGGAGUAAUGACGUUACAUUAGCCAAUAAAAUGGAAUCAACUGGAAAACCAGAACAAGUUCAUAUAUCUGAAGAAACUUCAAGCUUUUUGGGUGAUGCAUAUUUUUUGGAAGAGGGAGAAGAAGUUUUCGGUCACAGAACGUACUUUGUUGUUGGACGACGAACGUCAAGAAAUAGUAGCAUCACACCAAUUUCCAAGUCUGAAUGUAAUCAUUUAACGCCUGAUGGCUAUAUUAAUGGAGUAGUUUUAUCACAGAGUGCUACAAAUUUAUCAACAGUUCAACCUGCAGUACCACCUGCAUCACCUGUUGGUCAAAUAUCAUCUUCAUUGAAUCCUUCUCCAGUACUAUCAAUAAGGCCACGUCUAACUUCAUUUAGUAUGAAAAUACGAAAAAAAUCUACAGCAAAUGUAACAGAUUCAGAGAAAGGUUCAAAUAAUCCACAAAAGCCAAUUUUACCACAACAACAUCCAAAAAUUAUAAUCACAGCGAAAUCAUUACCGGGAAGUUUAGAUUCAGAUCACGAACCUGAUGAUCUUGGGUCAAAUGGUGAAACAAAUGGCAAAUCAAAAAAUAAUUCAAAACCAACAUUAGAUGGAACAGGCAACGGAACCGAAAAUAAUAACUCAGCAGCCAAAUAUGCAGCCAAAUUGAAAAACUGGAAAGUUCCAAAAUUUUUAAAAAAGACUGAAAAUGAAAUCAACAAUAAAGCUCAACAAAAUAACUCAGGUAACUGUUUAAAUAAACCAAAGGGUACUGAUGAGGUCAUAAACAUUGAUCAAAAUGGUUAUCAACAAUUGCCAGUUUUAAUUGAAACACCAAGACCACGUGUACAUACUUUAGAUAUUCCAUCGAAAGCACUAGCAUUAAGUCCGCAUAGUGCUCAUAAUGGCCGGGGAUCACUUACCAUUAAAUCUCCAGAUGGCAGUUGUUGUUCACCAGGCAUAUUGGCUCCACCGACUGGGCAAUCUAUUUUCGAUGACAUCAUUGAUGUUCGGUCGUAUAUCUCACAAUCACGUAGUGAUAUAUCACCAUUUGGCCGUUCUGGAUCAUAUCGUUCACAAUGUGGCCGAUCUGGUGGUGGCAAUUCGGAAACAUCACCAUUGGCAAGACAACGAAGUCAUACGAUGGCUGGUCGAGCUGAGAGUCCAACAAAACGCAAUAGUAGUUGUGGUGUUGUUGGUCUAAAUGCUAGCGGUUUAGGUGGUGUUUGGCCGGAUGGUUUAAGUAUAUGUCCAUCGGCAACAAGUCGAAAAGAUUCUGGUAUAAAAAGUAAUAGUCGACGAUCUAGUAUACAACAACAAAUUUAUGCACUUAAUCAAUCAACAAUAUCCCAGCAUAGAGUAUCGGGUUAUUUUACUAGUUCAACAUCAAGUUUAUCAAAUGCACCAAUAAAUCCAGAAACUUUAUGUGAUAGUCAACAUUUUCCAUCACAAUUUCCAACAGUUAGUUUUCAAACACCACAACAACAUCAAGCAGAGAAUCAACCGUUAUCAGAUCCGCUUGCCGCUUGUUUACAACAAUUGCGCAAGCAGUCUGAUUUACAGUUGAUACGUUGCGUGAGGGAUAAUGCGAAAUCACAAAGAAGUUAUUUAGUGAAACCACCGUUAAAUAAAUUAACAUUAUUUUUUAAAUCAAGACAAAUGGAACGUGAAUUUCGUUCAAAGGCACAUCGAUUCGGUUCAGAAUCAGAAUCAGAAGGACCACCAACACUUGCAACACCCCGCUAUAACACAUACAUUGAUAUUUUUGUUGGUAUUGUAGUUUAUUUUUGUAUAUCAGCAUCAUUAUUUUUAAUGACACCAACUUAUGAUGGCGGUCCUGAAACAUCAUCAGAGUACCGUAUAUGGGCAUCAUGUUUUUUUACAUUUACAACAAUUCAAAUAUUCGCUUUGUUCCUAUUCACAAGGCAAAUACGUCGUCGACAUUCAAAUUCUAUGAAAAGUCGAUUAAUGAUUAAUAAUUCAAAAAAUUCAAAAACAUGUGCAGAUCGUUUAUUUGAAUCAAUUUCUAGUUGGUAUCCGUGGCAUACAUGCCUAGCGAUACUUAUGUCAUUACCUGUGAUAUUAAUUGUUGUUAAUUUUACUCUUCUUGAUUUAAGUAAAUUGGAAGCAUUCGAAUACCAUUAUGGAUUUUUAAUUUUUGUUUGUAUUUUUCAUUUUUGUAAUUUCACUCAAUUAAAUUGUUGGAUGAGAAAUUUUUUAGCAUUAUUGGCAGCAUUUUGUUUUAUUGGUAUGGCUGUUGGCCAACUAAUGGUAUAUUCUAGUCGUAUAGAAGAAUUAAAUGAAAGAAAUUUAAAUCAGAGUGCAGUUGAAAUUGUUAGUCCACAUUUAUAUGAAGAUAUUAAAUGGUUUCAAAAUUAUCAUGUCGAAAUAUAUCUAGAUUUAGUUUUAUUACUUAUACUAGUCUGGAUACUUAAUCGGGAAUUUGAAAUUGGUUAUCGCUUAACAUUUUAUGGUAAUGCUGUUGCAAAUCAAGAUAAAAUUCGUGUACAAAAUAUGAAAAAUCAAGCUGAUAUGCUAUUACAUAAUAUAAUACCAAAACAUGUUGCUGAACAAUUAAAGAAUACUGCAAAAUAUUCAGAAAAUCAUCAUAAUAUUGGUAUAAUAUUUGCAAGUAUUGUUAAUUUUAAUGAAAUGUAUGAUGAAACAUAUUUGGGUGGUAAAGAAUAUUUAAGAGUAUUAAAUGAAUUAAUUGCUGAUUUUGAUGAAUUAUUAUCACGUAGUGAAUUUAAAAGUGUUGAAAAAAUUAAAACAAUUGGUAGUACAUUUAUGGCUGCUAGCGGUUUAGAUCCAUCAAAUCGUGGUGAUAAUGAUGAACAUAUUAUAACAUUAAUGGAAUUUUCAUUAGCAAUGUUAUCUGUUGUUGAUGCAUUCAAUAAAGAUUUAUUAGAAUUUAAUUUAAUAUUAAGAAUUGGUUUUAAUGUUGGUGAUGUUACAGCUGGUGUUAUUGGUACAAGUAAAUUACAUUAUGAUAUAUGGGGUGAUGCUGUUAAUGUUGCUAGCCGUAUGGAUUCAACUGGUGUUGCUGGACGUAUACAAAUAAGAAAAGAGUGCCUACAAUAUUUGGAUAAUAAUUAUGAAUUUGAACCGCGUGGUAAAGUCUAUGUUAAAGGUAAAGAUAAUAUGGAAGUAUAUUUAUUUAAAUGUAAGAAACCCGAUCAAAUUGAUUCAGAUGAUGUUAAUAUUAUGUGUUAAAAAAAUUUGAAAUUACUAAAACUAUUAAAGUAUUAUAGAAGAACAUUGAGUUGGGGAAAAUCGGGACAAAAUAUUUUCGAUAUAAAAAAAAUUUUUUUGUAUUGAAAGAAGGAAAUUUUUUUUUUUAUUUCAAAAUUUUCAUUUAAAAAAUUUUUGUUUAUUAUGAAGAAUAAUGCGUCUUAAGAAGAUAAUGACGUAAUAUUUAAGUAUAAAAAUAAUAACCGGGAAACAUAUACGCUUUUAGGAUAAAAAAAAAAAAAAAACAAACUAGUAUAUGAAAUUUAAUAUCAUAUAAUCAAUCAUCCUUUUUGAACAAAAAAUAUUACUUCAUCUUCUUCUUUAAAUGGAAAUUUAAUUUCCAUUUUAAUUUUUUUAAUACAAUCAAAAAAUUCUUGUAAAAAAAUUUAAAUAUACGCAUAAAAAAAAAACAACAUAA